AUGGAACACAAGAUUAGUACAACUUCCACAUCAUACAAACUUGAGCGUAAAUGGAGCCUGGUUAAUGCCUUGGCAAAGGAAUUGGCUGAUAUAGGAGAUGAAAUUAAUGGAAGAUUUUCGUAUCCUCUUGAUAGUCUAUCCUAUUCAAACGAAUUGGCCAUGAAAACAAUUUCAAAUUCACCUGGGACAUUCCAACAUUCUGAUUAUCUGAGUUGUAAAACUGGAUUCAAUUCAAAAGGUGAAACUAUUCGUUUAUUUUACUAUGCUACACCUGUACUGGUUAUAGCCUACCUGUUCUAUCGAAGAAUCAGUUAAAAUAGUACCUCACCUGGAUGACAUUACACAGAUUUUAUUAUUUAAACUAACAAUCAGAUAUCAGAUGUCUACUCUUAUCCACUUAACCAAAAGGAAUUUAUUCAGCAAGAUGAAAACAAUCCCCGAAUUGUCAGAUUCAGAAUUUAUUAAUGAAAUGGAAUAUCAAGCCAUGUUAAAUUUGUACACAUGAGAAGCGUAGAUACUGUAUACAUGGGAGAUUUUUCAAACAGUUGGAAACUUGAUUCGUUAAUCAUCAAAUCGUGAAUCAUGCUACUUGGAUAUGCGUAUGAAUCUAAUAGUGCUUCUAAUUAACAACAAACCUAAAAGUUGAAUUCUAAUGAGGCACCGAAACAACUAGGACCGGAUACCAACUCUAUGUAUAUUUUCAUUGUAUAUGAAAAACAUAUUUUCUGACUUACCGUAGUAUAUUUUUUCCAAAUAAAUGUCUGACAAUGAUUUAUGGAUUCUUUCCAUAAAAAAUGAUAAUGGUGAAAAAAUCAAGGGUUUUUAAAUGUUUUUCUAAAUUUUUUACGUAUAUACUUCGUGGAUGCGCAUUGUUGAGGAGUCCCACAAUAUGACGAAACG